AUGAAGGGAUCUUCAAUCCGUUUAACAGAACAGGCUCAAGAAUAUGCGGAAGAAUUGGCUUUGAAUGAUAAAGGACUUGUUCACUGUUUCAAUGUGGAAGGUUGUGAUCAGUACGGAGCCGCUGAAAAUCUGGCAUCUGCAGAAGGAUAUCCUGAAGUUGAGGCCAAUGCGACCAUCAUGUGGUAUCAGGAAAUAUGGGAUUACAACUUUUGUACGACUGGUGUAGAAGAUCGCAAUAGACCUGGUCGUGAAGGCAAAGCGAUUGGACAUUUCACGCAGCUGGAGUGGGAGCUUUCCACAUCAGUUGGUUUUGGUUAUGCUCGAACAAGCGACAGAUUCAAGGUUUACAUAGUGGCAAGAUACAAACCUCAUGGCAAUGUCAUUGGUUAUUACCCUAUCUACGUGAAACGACCUCUCUACGUGCUGGAUACCUUUCAGGAUAACUGCCUUGGUAUAGACGGUGGUCUCUCUGAGUGGAUAGGACCAGGGCCAUGCACACGCAGUUGUGGAGGUGGAGUUCGAUUUCAUACCAAGGCCUGUACCAAUCCAAAACCUUCUCUUAAUGGAAGAGAUUGUGAAGGAGAGACCAAAGAACUUAUUCCGGAAUGGUGCAACUCUUAUACUUGCUCGGAAAAAUUGAGCCAUCGUGAUUUACAAUGUGAAGCCCGCCAUGAAACACCAGAUGCUCACAAUUUCGGAGGAAUAAGGGAUUGUCAAUUGCACUGUCGUAUUAGUGAGACGCACUUUCUUCUUGUUGGUCAUGUUGAUGAUGGUACUCAUUGCGAUUAUGAUAGCGGUGCAUGUGUCAACGGUGUGUGCAUGAACAUGCCUGACUACGUUGUCAAAACCCCGCAACCAAUGACGACAACCACUUCGCCUGAAACUUUCCCAACAACAGUUGAAACUUUCCCAACGACAGUUGAAACCUUCCCAACGGCAAUUGAAACCUGGCCAACGACAAUUGAAACUUUCCCAACGGCAACCGAGACCUUUCCAACAUCGAUUGAAACCUUCCCAACGGCAAUUGAAACUUCCCCAACGACGCUUGAAAAGAUCUCUACCACACCUGAAACGACUACAACAUAUCCUACAACUCCAGCAAGGAGACUCGUUACUGGGACAUUCCAAAAGAUUAUGAAAAACCGUAAAGAAAUUCUUGUUAUCAUUCCCAGUGGAGCAACUGAGAUAGUCGUGCAAAACUCCAGAACACGAAAUGCAAAAAUUUUUGUGCGAUUUCAAGUAGGCAAUAGUAAGCCAGUGCCUUAUCGAAAGAAAUACGGCAAAGAAAUGAUGCCAUUUUCCGAGCAAGUUGGCCGAGGACGAUUGAACAUCAUGCCAAUGAUUGCUAUUGAUGGGCCUAUCAAAUCUGGUUUCAAAGUUGUAAUCUAUAUUCGCCGAAGAAGACCAGGACGCACAACAUCCGUCGCAUGGCGCUACUGGACUCGAGACUAAACUGGAUUGUCGAAGAUGAACCUCUUGAUACAGCAUAUUUAAUAUGAACAAAAUUAAUUCAACAUAUAUUUUUCCAACGGACACGACAUAGAUUAAAUAAAUUAUUUUAUUUAUAUAGAGAUAUAGUUUAAUUAUUUAGAUAUUGA